AUGAUAAUCCCCGGCAGCGGACAGCAUUGUCUAAUCUUGUCGACAUCCUCGUUGUGUGCUCCCUGGCGCCGUCACCCUCGUUGUGUGCUCCCUGGCGCCGUCACCCUCGUUGUGUGCUCCCUGGCGCCGUCAUCCUCGUUGUGUGCUCCCUGGCGCCGUCAUCCUCGUUGUGUGCUCCCUGGCGCCGUCACCCUCGUUGUGUGCUCCCUGGCGCCGUCAUCCUCGUUGUGUGCUCCCUGGCGCCGUCAUCCUCGCUCUGGCGCCGUCACCCUCGUUGUGUGCUCCUGGCGCCGUCACCCUCGUUGUGUGCUCCCUGGCGCCGUCACCCUCGCUGUGUGCUCCCUGGCGCCGUCAUCCUCGUUGUGUGCUCCCUGGCGCCGUCAUCCUCGCUGUGUGCUCCCUGGCGCCGUCAUCCUCGUUGUGUGCUCCCUGGCGCCGUCAUCCUCGUUGUGUGCUCCCUGGCGCCGUCAUCCUCGUUGUGUGCUCCCUGGCGCCGUCACCCUCGUUGUGUGCUCCCUGGCGCCGUCACCCUCGCUGUGUGCUCCUGGCGCCCGUCACCCUCGUUGUGUGCUCCCUGGCGCCGUCACCCUCGUUGUGUGCUCCCUGGCGCCGUCACCCUCGUUGUGUGCUCCCUGGCGCCGUCACCCUCGUGUGUGCUCCCUGGCGCCGUCACCCUCGUUGUGUGCUCCUGGCGCCGUCACCCCUCGUUGUGUGCUCCCUGGCACCGUCACCCUCGUUGUGUGCUCCUGGCGCCGCGUUAUGUGCUCCUGGCGCCGUCACCUCGUUGUGUGCUCCUGGCGCCGUCAUCCCUGGCGCCGUUGUGUGCUCCCUGGCGCCGUCACCCUCGUUGUGUGCUCCCUGGCGCCGUCACCCUCGUUGUGUGCUCCCUGGCGCCGUCACCCUCGUUGUGUGCUCCCUGGCGCCGUCACCCUCGUUGUGUGCUCCCUGGCGCCGUCACCCUCGUUGUGCUGA